CCUGACAGCCUGCGGUCUUCCACCGCACAGACAAUAAAGCGGCUCUAGAUUUUAAUGAGACAGAAAAGAGGAGACAUAUGCCAAGGUGUGGGACGACUUAGAUCGACUGGAUUGAGCACAAUAAUGCAAAAGAAAAGUCUGUUUGUUUCUACAGAUAUAUUUGUGCCGGAUACAUUUCAUAUAUGCGGGAUAGUUUCUGUUGUUCGGGACUUUGAAUUGACUAAUGUCUAAUGGGCGAACACACACUUGGAUUUCUGCUUAUAACAAAAGGGACUGCCACAAGAAAACGACUUAAGUGAGGAGUUUUUCAUCCUUAGUCCCCAAGAAAGUUAACAGAAACAUCAGCAGGGCUCAUCAGUUUGACUUGACGGCUAAUUGACACUGACCUGGGCAGUCCUGUGAAUCUGCACAUUUCAACUACUGCGCGAACCAAAUGCAGAGAGAAAGAUGCAUUUGGGUAAGGCUUUAUUGUUUGUCCUCCUCCUCAACUGCGCGACUUUGAGCUCGUCUCUGUCAACUUGUGCCACCGUGGAUAUCGACCAUGUGAAAAGGAAGAGGGUCGAGGCGAUACGAGGUCAGAUUUUGAGCAAACUCCGACUGACAAGUCCUCCAAACUCCCUCGGACCGAGUGAAAUCCCUUAUCAAAUCCAAGCAUUGUAUAACAGCACCAAGGAGUUACUGGAGGAGCUCAGGAGGGAUCGGCAGCAAAGUUGCGGUCAGGACAACACAGAGACAGAGUACUAUGCCAAAGAGAUAUACAAAUUCAACAUGAUCUACGGACCGCCGGAAAGCAACGAUCUGCUCUACUGCCCAAAAGGCAUCACCUCUAAGGGUUUCCGCUUCAACGUCUCUGCCAUGGAAAGGAACGCAACCAACCUCUUCAGAGCAGAGUUUCGAGCUCUACGGGUGCCAAACUCAAGUUCCAAGAGGAACGAACAGCGGAUUGAGCUCUACCAGAUUGUGAGGCCGAACGAACACAUUAGGAAACAACGCUACAUUGCAGCGAAGAAUGUGCUGACCAAAGGUAGUCCAGAGUGGGUCUCCUUCGACGUGACAGAAACAGUGCGGGAAUGGUUGACGAACAGAGGAAGUAAUCUGGGUUUGGAAAUCAGUGUGCACUGUCCCUGCCACACCUUCAACCCAAAUGGUGACAUCAUUGACAAUGAAAACGAGGUGCUGGAGGUGAAGUUUAAAGGCGUGGAUGGAGAUGAUGAGCACAGUCGCUGGGAUCUGGAUCACCUGAAGAAGAAAAAGGACCAGUACCUGCCUCACCUUAUCCUCAUGAUGAUCCCACCCCACCGCCUGAACACUCAAUCCACACGCCGACGCAAGAGAGCGCUGGACACAAACUACUGUUUCUCGAACACGGAGGAGAGCUGCUGUGUUCGCCGGCUCUACAUCGAUUUCCGGCGUGACUUGGACUGGAAGUGGAUCCAUGAGCCGAGUGGUUACGAUGCUAACUAUUGCUCCGGGCCCUGUCCUUACCUGAGGAGCUCAGAUACAACACACAGCUCGCUGCUGAGCCUGUACAACACUCUGAAUCCAGAGGCAUCAGCCUCCCCUUGCUGUGUCCCUCAAGACCUGGAACCCCUCACUAUACUCUACUACUCCGGACGGACCCCUAAAGUGGAGCAGCUCUCCAACAUGAUCGUCAAGUCUUGCAAGUGUAGCUGAGAAGAAAUGAAAGGCGAAGUAGUACGGCAGGAUUUUACUAGGUACUGACGAAAACCCAUGCUCGUUGACUUUUGGACUCUUAGCUGUGACAAAUGCUUAAACUGACCCUGUGGCCUCAUGGCUUAGAGCUGAACACCACUCUGGAGGUCACACAUUUUUUUUAAGGAUGCAGAUUUUCUUAAAAACUUGAGGUCAUCAUUUUUUUUCUUGUUUUUUUGGGGGGGGGGGGUGGAAAGUAGGUAUUUCCAUCUUAAAAAGUCUGAACCAAACGUCAACUUGCAAUCAAAGUAUGAUCUUUAAAGUUAAAAUCUCGAAGAUCUUCUUUACUUUCUCUUUGGCGGCACCUAUGGCGAUAAGCGCUAAUGUUUUUAAACUCACUUCCCAAAAAUUGCGACUUGUGAUUUUUCCCGGGAAUGUUGCCAAAGACACCCAGUUCGUAAUACUGCAAAUGCAAGAGCUUUCAUCACCAUUCUGUUACCUCAUUCGGCGAUAGAUAGUGACUUAACAGACAUUUAUCUAAAUGAAAAUAUUCGAGAUUAACAACACACUCCUAAAACUCCAGCCCUGUACAAAUCUAUCUGUGACAAAGUGGGAGCAGCUUCAUGGACAAUGAACGAAAGAGACUUAUUUUGUGGUAUAUUUUCUGCUUUAGAGUUCUAAAUAUUGCACAAAGUUAUAGUUUCUACAUUGUCAGUAGAGCAGCUUUCCUGUCUCUAGCCUUGGGAAGAUAUUUUUAACACUAACAAAUAUAGAUUGUGCUCUACUGAACAGUCGAAGACGUCCUUUCAGGCUGGAUUCUACCUUGACUUUGCCUUAAGUUCCCUUCCCUUCAAACAGUGGACAUUACCUUCAAACACAAAAGGAUAAAGGACAGACUUGCUGCUGUAUCCAAAGCCAUAGCUGUGGUCAGGGAAAAGAGAGCUGAGAGAAUGCCUGCUGGAUUUGCAAUGGAAAGUGAAUGAACAAAGAAGUUGAGCCAAGCUUUUCUUUUUUUGGCCAGCCAGCAGCAAUGGCCUUUUUUUUUUUUUUUUGCGGUGCAUCUAUUAGAAUGGAUGGAAGAAGAAGAAGAAGAAGAAGAAGAAGAAGAAGAAGAAGAAGAAGAAGAAGAAGAAGAAGAAGAAGAAGAAGAAGAAGAAGGGGAGGAAGAGGAGACCUGUAUGGAAGAGAAGAACUGGGAUGGAAUCAAGCCAUGAGCACACUGCCAUUCACUGGAAGUUCUCAUCUCUAAAAAGGUUCAAAUUAUUUAUGGGACAUCAAAGAAUAUACUGGAAAACACGUUACGCAACAGGUUUUUAUGAGAUUUAUUUUACAUUAUUAGCAGAUUUUGGUCUGUUAUGCAACUUGUCAUAUAGUGAUUGUUUCACUAACUGGGACAAAAAUUGACGUGCAUCUCCAUUGGUGGAAACAUUUUUAUAUUAAACAAAGGGUACUGUUACAUUUCCAUGUAAUUAAGAAAUAUGCAACUUUUGUCCAUGUGCAAGUUAGUUUGACCUGUUGUAUGUGAUCCAGUAUACGUCCCACUAAAGUCUUAUCGUAUCAAAUGGUGACUAUCCCUAAGGAGUUAAAUUGGCGUUCUUUUCUCUCCAGCAAUAAUAGGAAAUGUCAUGCAGCUGUUUAUUUCUUUUAAAAUCAUACUACACUAUCAACUCACCUGUCACCCGUCACUCCAGUCAGCCGACAAGGAAUCGCAUGUGUACUCAGGACCAGCAACACUGCAGUCUUUCAUUCCCUCUGCUCCGGCUCUGUUUGUUUUGGUGCUCUUUUACAGUGUAAAGCCCUAAUGGAACAAAAAAAUGAAGAGGGAGGGGAAAAAGUCAUUACAUGAAAGUGGCUGAAUGUACAGUUAGACUUCAUUUUUCUCAGAGUCAGGAGAACGAUUCUGAAUCCCUGUACUGUUUGUCAUUCGCCCAGGAAGAGUCAUCUUGCUUUAGAUGACAUAUAGGUGACGUUUUUGGCAGUAAUAUUGAUUGAUUGACUUGUUGAUCGUGAUUGUUAUU